AUGAAGUUUUUGCAUACAUUUAUUCUGACUGCCUUCAUGCUGAUGGCCCUUGUCAGUGGCCAAUUCAGCAAGGAAGACAAGACCAACCACGUCAUAGCUGGAGAGCCAGCUAGGUAUCUCAUCGCAUUGAGCCCUGAGAUACAAAGAUGGGUAACUGAAGAGGAAAAAUGGGAGCUUAGGCUGAGCGGGCAUAAGUUCAUGGAUAUCACCGGCGCACAAGAUUCAGACUCAGCAGUGGUUAAUACCCAAAGCCCAUGGGAUAUCCCUGUCAGAUUUCCUUCGAAAUGUGUGAUGCAAGAGCAGGUGAAAGAGCUGGCAGGCAAUCUAUCCAAAGAUGCGAUGCGGGAAAAUCUCCAUAAGCUGAACGGAUUUUACAACCGCUACUACAAAUCCGACUAUGGGCGACAGUCAUCUCAAUGGGUCCUUGAAAAAGUCAGGGAUAUCAUCAAGGAGGCUGGCGCCGACGGUGCCGUGACUGUUGCCCCCUUUACCCACCCGUGGCCUCAGAUUUCGACCAUUGCCAGAAUCCAAGGUCGGACAAAUGAUACCAUCAUCAUCGGCGCGCACCAGGACUCUCUCACUAUUACCCCUUAUGAUACUUCCAAGCUACCGGCUGCUGGCCCUGGCGAUGAUGGCAGUGGCGCAGUUACCAUCAUGGAAGUCUUCAGGACUUUGCUCAUCGCCAAGGACGUCGCUGGGGGGCUCAUGCAGAACACUGUAGAGUUCCAUUGGUACAGCGCCGAAUCAGUUGGACUCUUGGGCAGCCAGGCAAUCUUCCGAUCGUAUAGACAAGAGGGACGCAAAGUCAAAGCCAUGAUUCAACAAGACAUGGUAGGCUACAUUCAUGGAGCUUUGAAUGCCGGUAGUAAGCCAGAGAGCCUCGCUGUCGUCAGAGAUGUCACUCAUUUUGACCUCAAUGCGUUUAUCAAGACAGUCAUCGACGAGUAUUGUGAUAUUCCUUGGAUCGAUUCAAAGUGCAGUUUUGCUUGCUCUGCCCAUCACGCCGCAGCGCAGGCCGGUUAUCCUUCUGCAUUUGUCACUGAUUUCAAGGAUCCAGCUUUUGAUCGUAAAGAUGAGCAUGUUGAGACUCGUCAUCUUCUCAAGUAUAUAUCAUACGAUCAUAUGCUUCAGCAUGCAAAAAUGUCUUUGGGCCUGGUAUAUGAGCUUGCGCACUUUAAAUUCUCCAACGUCACAUCUUAG